AUGAGCACAGUCACCAAAAGAAACCUGGACGCUCUUCAGUCCGAGCUGGAGGAGCACGGUGCGGUGCAAAAGUGCCACAAAACUGCGCACCAAAAUGAAGAUUUAUCACUCGAGAGGGAUGCACCCGCCGUCAAAAGAACUAUCGAUGUUUUUGCGGCCAAACCCGUCGACGGUCAGGAGCACCAGGAGACUGCCGAUCAGGAGAUCCCCUUAACUCCUCGCGCACAGAUAGCUACGCCGACGGAACCGGUCGCCGACAACGAAUUCGAAGACAUACUCUCCCGCAUCUCCUUCACCGACCUCAAAUCUUGUUUUCGCGUUCUGCUCUCCGACCAUGUCACAGCAUCAACUGCGAAGCUCCAGUUGCAAGCCUACAACGAAAAGGCUUGGUUUACAGAGCGUGUGCGCUUGAAGGAAAUGGCAGAUCGUAUCCGCACAUCCGCAAAAACAGCGACGACGUCAGCUGAGCGCUACGCAUGCACGACAAAAGCAUUGUGCGACCUGGACAUGUGGGGAAAAGCAAUCAACCCAUGCCUCCGACCCGCUUACGACAUAUGGAAAGCGAAAGCUGGUCCCCAGGCCAAUGGACCGCAGACGGCAUUCGAUCUACUGAUCGAUAUCGCCAACAUGGCUGUCUUUACUGAGUGGCGUUCCGGCUGCGCUAGCGUUGUCGGUGAUGAGGAGAGUAACGAUUAUACACAUGAAGAUAUUGAUAAGAUGCUAGUGGGCAUCCUGCAGGAGCUUGGGCAAGGGAAGGAUAUGGAGCACUGGGUUAAGACCGAGGAGAAUGUGGCCCGGCUUGCCAGGAUCAACGAGUUACGAGGGCGGAUGCUCGGCGCGUGGGAUACGCCGUUGAGUUAUCGAUAUGAGUAUGCUGCUCAACUCUUGUCGACAGGUAAGCUUUCAAGUAAGCCGGAGCCUUUGGAUCUCAAAUACUUGGGCCAUCGGCCUAUCCUGAUAGGCCUGGAGUAUAGACGUGGUGGCGGACGGAAACGUGGCGGACGCCGGUGA